GUUCCUCAGCCCUUUUUCUUUUAAAGCUCUUAAAACAAGCUUCAUUCUUUCGGACACUUGUUGCAGCUGCUUGCGCAUCACUGAAGGAGUCCAUCCGAACCGCCUCAGCUUCUCCUUUGGGAAAUUUCCCGCGGGGAGUGAUGAACUCCAUCGACCCUCAGACCCAUCACCAGCACCACACUUCCCCUACGGUCGGCUCUAUCCCUCAUAAAGGCGCACAGGAGUCCCCGGACAUGGCAGCUGCGGUUUACUGCGACAACUUCAGCAGCGUUUACCACCAGCAGAGCCUGCAGGGCGCGCAGAGACCCGCCAGCUACGGCCUCGGGGACUACGCCUCCUCUCCAAACCCCUACCUGUGGCUCAACGGGCCGGGCGUUAACUCCUCCACGUCUUACCUGCACGGCAACAACCCGGCGUCCUUCAUCCCGCCCUCCUACGGCUCACAGCGGCAGUUCCUGACCAACUCACCUGGAUUCGGAGGGCCAGACCUGGGCUGGCUGUCCAUCGCCAGCCAGGAGGAGCUGCUGAAGCUGGUGCGUCCGCCCUAUUCCUACUCCGCUCUCAUCGCCAUGGCCAUCCAAAAUGCGCAUGAGAAGAAGCUGACCCUCAGUCAGAUUUACCAGUACGUGGCGGACAAUUUCCCUUUUUAUAAGAAGAGUAAAGCUGGCUGGCAAAACUCCAUCAGGCACAAUCUGUCUCUGAACGACUGCUUCAAAAAGGUCCCAAGGGAUGAGGAUGACCCAGGAAAAGGAAAUUAUUGGACACUAGAUCCAAACUGUGAAAAGAUGUUUGAUAACGGAAACUUCCGGCGGAAAAGGAAAAGACGGUCUGAUCCCAGCAUUUCGGGAGGAGCUGCGGCUACAGCCACAAAGCUUGAGGACGGCAGGCCCACGGUGGCGGGCUCCAUGAAACCCUCCGACAGCCCACAGCUGCUGGGAGCUUCCUCACCAGAGAUGGAAGCGAUGAACGAAAACCAAAAAAGCUCAUCUUCAUCGCCGGCCGGACUCGCCUCGGCCGCUCCAUGUUUCAACAACUUUUAUGGCAACAUGUCCACGCUCAGCUCGGGGGCCCCAGGCCGACAGGGGUCCCUCGGACUGGUGAACGAGCUGUCGAAUAGGAACAUAACGGCCCUGAGCCCAUACCACCCCAGCAGCAGCGGGCCGGAGGCGGGGGCAGCGGAUCACAACGAGGGCUUGCAUUUUAACCGGGGAGUGUACUACAACACGUUCAGCGGCGGGCAGAGCGGACAGUUCAACACUCACUUCUACAACAGCUUCAGUGUGAACAGCUUGAUUUUCCCCAGGGAUGGGACUGAGCUCUAGGGGAAACUCUAAAACCGUUAGCAGACUUCCUCUGAUAAUCCCAAACAGAGAACUCACUGUUGUCCCUGUUAUUAGAGAGCUUAAAUAUGCAAAAACAAAAAAAUCAACUUCAACCUGGAAAAAAAAACUUAGCAUUGAAGCUUUUUUAUUCCCAUAAAAUACAUCAGAAAAAUAAGAAAAGUGAAUUUUGUAUUCGUAAUACAAACUUUAAUUAGAUAAGCUAUUGUCUCAAGUUAAAUCUAAAUUUUGACCGUUAUGUGAGUUAUCCAAGAAUCAGUUCAAUUCAGCUUAUUUAUAUAGAACCAAUUGAAUUGAAGAAAAAAGCACUUCCUCACUGUUACCCAAAGCUGCCAAAGUGGCCUGUGUGACACCACCAAUACCUCAAAACAGUGGCCUAAUGAGGGUUUGCAUUAUCUGCUAAGAAAAUAUAGUUACUGUAUACGCUGAAAAAAAAGAUAAUGCAACCAUUUUUUGGCAUCUACUUAAUCGUAUUUAGUUACUUUAACACAUAUUUUUAUGUCCUACCCUGCUAACAUGAAAAAGUUAAAUGUUAAAGUUACAAAAUAUGAUUUAGUAAAUGCCAAAAAUGUUUUUUUUAGUGUACUGAGCGACAGCUUGCCUUAUGAAAUAAAAUCUUGGCAUGUUACGAGUUCCAAAAUGUAUACACUUCUCGUACAAUUCAAAGUCAUUUUGAAUCAAGCAGUAGAAAGAGCAUAUAGAGCUGCCCCUCCCCCACAUGUUGCUGCACACCACUAAUGAGCUAACUGAAAAACAACUACUAAUCCUGUCCCAAGCACUCUAGAACAGGGGUUCGGAAAUAUGGUAUGAAAUGUUUUUGAUUAUUUUUAUAUGGUGAUCCCUGAGAUAUAUAGAGGCCCAGAAAGUAUCAUGAGAUACAUAUAUUUAAAUUUCUGAUAAAAUAUGUAGAUAUUGCAUUUUUGAGGGUCAAAAUGAUUGAUGUGGAUUUGAAUAUAAUGGUGAAUACACCAUUUAGUUGUAAAAUGCAUAAGAAAUGAUAGGACUAUUGAAGAUCCCAUUAAAUAAUUCAAGAUACAUUU